GACUUAAGUCCAUCACUUUUCCAUAGAUAAUAUAAUUUUAGUUUGCGAUUUUUUUGUUGUCAUUUGUAUUAUACUUUUACUCUUUGUUUGCACCUUGUUAUCUUUAUAAUACCAAAGAGAAAAAUAAUACUGGAUAAAUACCUACUUAUUCAGAGGUUAUGCAUAGUUUGUUAAUAUAAAAGAGUGCUUUUAUAUUAUAUUGAAAGUUAAUAUUCACAAACUACAUAGGUCUGUUAUAUUGUUCUGUCGUUUUGUGAUUUGUUCUGUAUGCGUGAAUUGCAUUGUUGAUACAUUACAUGAAAUUAUUUAAUUUUAUAUAACAUGGCUUGUUCGGAACCACCUCCUGAGCUUACUUGUGUAUUAUUCCCUGGAAUUGUUAAAAACGUCGACAAAGCUAUUCAAUGUUUGGGAGGCAUAAGAAAUAUUUCUCAGGUUUACUCUCAAUCGGUCAAGAAAUUGAGCCUUAGCUUUCGACCAGAAGAUCCAUUUAUGAAAAAAAUAUAUGGAGAGUGUAGGAAAACAGCUGGUGUAUUAUUGAAAGUUAAAAUUAAAAAAACCAAAAUAGAUAAUGAAUUGAAAAAAGAAGUUAUAUCAACAACAGUGGUAGGUCAAGUAAAAAGGAUACAUAAAUUUGAAUCCAUGUGUGACUUUCAAUAUUUACCAAUACAAAGAGAACCGAGUGGUGCUUAUCAAUGUAUUUUGGACAAAAUAUUCCCAUCAGGAUUGGAUAAUUUUGAUUUUAUGACAGAAUCAGGUCCAAUGCAUAUUGUGCCAAGUACCUUCACUAGAGCUGAUAGACCGUAUAACUAUGCUUACACUAACAAGAGACAUCCAGAGAAAACGGAGUACAGUGAUAAAGUGCUCAAUAUUCAUCGAAAGUCAAGAGUUAUACCUAAACUCAAAUACGUAUUUAGCUUAACAAAUGAGUUGCCAUCUGAACCAAAUGAAUAUUGUUUGAAGCGAAUAAAUCAGAAAAUUAAAUUACAACCACAGGUUGCACAAGAAUUGGAAACUGUGAAAAAGAUGUUCAAUGAAAGGCCGAUAUGGUCUUACAAUAUGCUUAAUUACCAAACAAAGUAUAGAAUGGCAGUAUUAAAACUUAUUCUGCCAUGUGUUGCUGUUUAUAUGCCAAAUGGUCCAUGGAAGCAGCUGUGGGUCCGAUUUGGAUAUGAUCCUAGAAAGAUUCCAGAAUCAAGAGUAUACCAAAUAUUAGAUGUAAGGGUGAGGCAUACUGCCGGAAUGAAUGCUAUGAUUAUGAAAAGGGACCAGCUAACACAGUUUAAAAGGGCAGACCGUGAUAGACGCAUUGAGAAAGUUGGAGUUGACGAUGGUUGCAAUCCCGAGGAAGUAGAAGAAGGAGCGGUAUGCUUCCGUCCAGGAAUAGUACCAACACAACGUCAGAUGUUUUACCAGGUAUUAUUUGUUUUAUUAUUUUAUAAAUGCUGAAUUGGGGCAGCCAUAGUCUAUUAAUUUUUAAGGUCUACUGUUUUCGUCUUAUUAUAAAACGAGGACUAAAAUCAGUAGGUUUUUGUCAUAUUUCUCUGUCUACUGUAAAUGUCAGUGAUUUAGGCUGAAGAUAUAAAUUCACUCCUAAUUUCUUAAGAGUGUAUAUUGUUUUAUAUUUGUAGUACUGUGAUGUGAAGCUGCCAGAGGUGGAAGAGCUACUGGCCGUUGAGCCGCCGCCGGGAUACCUCUGCCAUCAGACACGUGGCUGGCUACCACCAAACACAGACCAACUAUGUCGAGACUACAUCGCUAAAUAUAUGAAGGAUACGUUGUUUGGCAACAACGCCGCUGGAGCUGACCUGAAACUUGAGCAAGGCAGUAGCGACGACGAGUCGGGGUCGAAUUCUGAAGAGGCUGAAGAUGACACAGAAGCCAUAGGUGCGGUAGCUACAGGAGAUGAAAUUAUAUAAAAUAAAAUCAGAUUUUAUUUCGUUGAGUUUUAUAAUUAAAG